GUUGCAAACUGCCAAUUACGUUGUACUCGAACUGUUGAAGAACUUCUCAUACACGAUGGUCACCGUAAACGUAUCUGCCACUGGGAAGCCAAUUGCACUUGCUCGUGGCCUCCCCAUGGUCGUGGAGCUCCCAGGGAAGCAGCUCGAGGACGCGACUAUCGGAGAUGUCAAGAGUGCAAUAGCGAAAAAAUAUCCCAAAUUCCACUUGGACCGUCAGAAAAUCACCCUCAAAGAUUCCAAGAAUCUUCUGACUGAUGACGUUACAUUGAAGGAUGCAGGUGUGGUGGAGGGCGGGGAGUUGUCUGUGAAAGACCUUGGCGCACAAGUGAGCUGGAAAACCGUGUUCUUGGUUGAAUAUGCUGGGCCAAUGCUCAUCCACCCAGCAAUAUAUUACUUCCCUGAGAUAUUUUAUGGUGGGCCCGUACAGCAUAGUAUGCUCCAACGCUAUGUCUUAACAUUCGUCAUGCUACACUUCGCCAAACGUGAGCUAGAAACGCUAUUCGUGCAUCGUUUCUCGCAUGCAACCAUGCCCUUCAAGAAUAUCUUCAAGAAUUCUGCCCAUUAUCAUCUUGGCAGUGGCCUUGCCCUUGCGUACUCUAUUUACAGCCCUGUGUACGGUGCUACCUCUCCCUACAUCCGCGGAACCGCUCGCAAUAACCCUAUGUACAUUCAAGCUGGUGCUGCUAUCUGGCUGUUCUCCGAGAUCUCUAAUCUCAUCACUCACAUCAAGCUCCGUACGCUCCGACCUGCAGGAAGCCGCAAACGUGCCAUUCCCCAAGGAUACGGCUUCAACCUCGUCUCGUUCCCGAACUACUUCUUCGAGUUCCUCGGGUGGUUGGUCAUUGCGGCGCUCACGGGAAGCUACGCUGCAUGGAUCUUCCUCGCCGUUUCGACGUCUCAGAUGUACGUCUGGGCUGUCAAGAAGCAUCGUGCAUAUAGGAAGGAGUUUGGGAGCGAAUAUCCGAGGGAUAGGAAGGCGAUGUUCCCUUUCCUUGCGUAAAUGGUGUGUGGCGUAUCUUAGUCUUAGUAGCAUGCCACUAUACGUGUGCAAAUAUACCCGAGGAUGGGUCCUCUCGUGUCUAUCGGAACCACGAGACUAUAGUUUGUUGCAUGUUAUUCCCUUCCAUCUCGUGAACCAAAGGUGAAACGCGUGUAAGGGAGAGAAGCUGCUUAGAUGUUACACUACUGUAAGCACACUGGCUUACCUGAGUUCCCAUACUCAGUAUAUAUACUGUC